AUGGCAUUCAUCAAGUCUUUAGGCCUUCUCGGUCUUCUUGGCCUUGCGACAGGCGCCGCUGUGCCGACCAACGAUGGCUUUCCCAUGCCCAACAAGGACCAGCAGGUUGCCCUAGCCAAGCAAGCCGGCGGUAAACUGCCCAACGUGGCUUUGCCAAAGGAACUUGGCCCCGGAAGCACGACCGCCUUCCAGCUCAUUGCGUUCAACGAGCUGUUCGAGACCGCCUACUUUGGCUCCCUUCUCCAAAAUAUCACGGACGGCGUGCAAGGCUAUGAAGCCGACAACAAGCAAGAGUUGAUGCACAUCUUCUCUACCGUUCGAGCUCAAGAGGAGAUCCAUGCCCUUGCCGCCCAGGCUGCUCUCAUAUCCGCCAACGCGUCAUUCGUUCCGACGGCUUGUAAAUACAUGUUCCCGACGACCAACUUGACGCAAGCUGUCAACAUUGCGGAAACAUUCACCGCCGUUGUUCUCGGUGCGCUGCAAGGUGCGAAUGUGCUAUUCGCCAAGGAGAAUGUUACGGUCCCGAUACAGCUCAUCUCCUCCGUCAUUGGCCAGGAAGGCGAGCAGAACGGCUACUACCGCACCGUGCUCAAGGAAGUGCCAUCCGAGUCGCCCUUCUUGACCGCCGUGCCGGCCGCCUUUGCGUUUUCCGCCCUGCAAAUGUUUGUCGUGCCUGGAUCGUGCCCAUACCCACUCUCCAACAUUGACCUGCCCAUCUUCCCGCCGAUGACGGUCAAUGGCGAGGCAGUGGCCGCGCUCGACGCAAAGGACCAGAAGCUUUCCUUUGCCACGGAUCUCAGCAUGUCCGAGCAAGCAAAGAAGUAUGUCGGAGGAGAUGGAAAGGAUCUUUUCCUGACUUAUACUACUGGUCAGCAGAAGCCCAUCUCGAUGGAGAUUAGCAAUGUCAAGUGGGACAAUGUCAGUCAGCGACGUUCAUUGCCUCUUCAUUUUGCGUCGUGUUGUGGCGAUCGCCUUUUCUGCCUGGUUUUGAUCUUUAAAUUUAAUUCUCCCAAAUACCCCAUGCAUUUCUGA